AUGGAGUUGGGAAAGGCCUCUAGCCGUGGAGAGCAAAAGGAGAAAUUGCAUGCCCUUGGGGACACAACAAAUGGUUGCAUGUCAACUGGACCUCAUUUCAAUCCUGCUGGAAAAGAGCAUGGUGCUCCUGAAGACGAGAAUCGUCAUGCUGGUGAUUUAGGAAAUGUCAUUGUUGGUGAGGAUGGUACUGUUAAUUUCAAAAUUGUUGACAAGCAGAUUCCUCUCACUGGAUCAAACUCCAUUGUUGGAAGGGCUGUUGUUGUCCAUGCUGAUCCUGAUGAUCUUGGAAAGGGGGGACAUGAGCUCAGGAAAAGCACGGGAAAUGCUGGUGGCAGAGUGGCCUGUGGAGUUAUCGGAUUGCAAGGCUAAAAAACUAGCUCUACCGACACUCAUGGUGAACACAUGUAGUUGAAGACAUUUGUUUUGUCAUGCAUGAGAGAUCCCUAGACAAGACUCAAAAACUUGAAAGAAUAAAGGGAAGAAGGUUGUCCUUUAUGGUGUGAUGUAUGAUGUUAUGAUCUUAAAUCUUUUGUGUUAUUUCCCAGUUAUAUCUAAAACUUCCUCUGGUUUUGCAUGUCU